AUGUCACAAAUCGAGACAAUGUCAAAACCCGAAGGACCCGAUGGUCCCCGAAUGUAUAGCGAAGAAAUAAUUGUGGCCCCCAGUAAAACAAAUAUUGAAAUGGCUAAUUUUGAAACUGCUGUGUCAGCCACUGGUUUCGGAAAGUUUAACAUUUUUUUGCUGCUAGUGGCCAUUCCUUCAGCGAUGUCCCCAGUUUUUGAGAGUUCCACAAUGUCGUAUGUCCUGCCAGUUGCACAAUGCGAUUUAAAUUUGACUCUGCAGGAUAAGGGCAUUCUAAAUGCUAUGGGUUUUGGAGGCAUGAUAGCAAGCGGUUUAAUAUGGGGCUAUCUCUGCGACACAUUGGGCCGAAAAAAGUUGAUCAUGGCAGGAUUUUUACUUGAUGGAUUUUUCAUACUGCUUAGUUCAACGUCACAAAGUUUCAUGUUCUUAAUGGUGGUCAAGUUUUUUGGGGGAUUUAUGUAA